UGAAACAUAUGCCAGUAAUGGAAGCGCUAGAUGUCCCCUGAUUUCGGGAGCGGUGUAUCAGCGGCGACUUACAGAUGAUGGGAUUUAGAAACCAGUGUUUUUAAAGAGCGUAAAACCUGGGGGGGGGGUUAUAGUGUCUGCGUCACUUUUCAGUGUGGAAGGAGCUAGUUGAGAGAGAAAAAGAAGAGCACCUCCUAUCUUUAGUAUCAAGGGAUUUAAAUCAGAAAAACAGUGAGGGAGGGAGGGACGGAGGGUGUGUGAGAGAGAACAGGGAGUGUGAGAGAGCGAGAGACUGCAGUGAACAGAGGAGCAGUCCGUCAGCGCUACAAUACUGUAAAAUGCUACAGACGGCGCAGGUUUUCAUUUACUUUUGUUAAUAUAACCAGAGGGCAAAGGAAAAAAGCGGCUGCGCUCAGGCUCAGUGUGAGAAGGUAGCGGCACGUUGGGAAGGAGCAGAGUAAGGAGACAGGCUUAGGAAAAUACGUGUGGAAGCUUCGAGGCCAAGAUGCCAGAGCAGAGCAAUGACUACAGGGUGGUGGUGUUCGGGGCCGGGGGGGUGGGGAAGAGCUCUCUUGUGCUGCGCUUCGUAAAGGGAACCUUUCGGGACACUUACAUCCCCACCGUGGAGGACACGUACCGGCAAGUGAUCAGCUGUGACAAGAGCGUCUGCACCCUGCAGAUCACUGACACCACGGGCAGUCACCAAUUCCCCGCCAUGCAGCGUUUGUCCAUCUCCAAGGGUCACGCCUUCAUCCUGGUCUACUCCAUCACCAGCCGGCAGUCGCUGGAGGAGCUCAAGCCCAUCUACCAGCAGGUGUUGGCCAUCAAAGGGAGCAUAGAGAAUAUCCCCGUCAUGCUGGUGGGGAACAAGUGUGACGAGAACCAGCGGGAGGUGGAGACCAGGGAGGGCGAGGCCCAGGCGACCACCUGGAAGUGCGCCUUCAUGGAGACCUCGGCCAAAAUGAACUACAACGUCAAAGAGCUCUUCCAGGAGCUGCUCAACCUGGAGAAGAAGCGGAACAUGAGCCUCAACAUCGACGGCAAGCGCUCCAACAAGCAGAAGCGUGCUGACAAGCUCAAGGGCAAGUGUAGCGUCAUGUAGGCCUGGUGGGAGCAGGGGAGAAGGAACGAGGAGGAGAAGGGGUCAAGUAGACGCGAGUUGGAGGUGAAAGCUGGGGGAAGAGUAGGUGUGUUCAAAAAGAAGAGCGAAGAACCAUGUGACCUAGCAGAAUUUUAUGUAACCCCUUACACCGCCCACUUUCCUUUCUCAUAUGAUAACAUGAUCCAUUCACAGCAUACUCAGUUCAUUAAGCGUCACCUUUUUUAAUCGGAAUGUGUCGUUUGUGAGGAGGAGCUUCCAACAAGGAAGGAGAGACUGACACAGAAGAAGUGUGGAAAAGCGGAAAAGGACAAUGCCAAACUUUCAAUGAUCCCAAACAGUGACGGUAGCAGAGGGAGUGGGAUGUCUAUAGCCGAGGUCAUGGUGGUGGUUUGGUGGAGACGACCCCUGUGUGCUGGUGUGCAUGGCGUUUUGUCCUGCAUGGUGGGUCUGUUUGGGGCUGCCUCUCCCUCCUCCUGUUCUAUUUUUCCUUCAGCCACAUAAGUUACAGAUUUUAAUCCGGGGGCCGAGGCACCGGGAUGGAGGCCGCUGACACCCUGCCACUGCUGUGUCAGCGAGACGGCCGCAAAAUCUGCCAAAAAAUUCACUCCAUUAUUUCACAAGUCGGCCCAGCAGAAAGAUCCUGAUACGGAAGGAAGGAAAAGGCAGCUAUAAAGUAAACCGCAGGUUUCGGCUGCUGUUUUUAAGAUUUAUGUUGUUUAGGAAGAAAACUCCUUCAGCUUUUCCUGUGUCUCCAUGUUUAGCCCUGAUAUUUUCUGCCGGCUGAAAUCUCACCUCUCCUGGUGUUCUGUACCAGAGAAACACAGGACAGAAGUUACAUUCUUGAGUCACGUUUGAAACGCCACAUGCUGAAUUUUUUUGCCAAAUCUGGUAAUGCGUAAAUGUCUUCUUUCUAUUCUGAUAAUACAAUGUGACUCAGCUACAAGGCAGGCGGCCUGUUCUAGUGUCUCUCUGUAGUUCUCAGCACUGGUAGUCUUUAAGGUUCACUUGCUGGUUCCGCUCCAGCCGUCUGCAUGCUCCUCACGUGUCCAGCAGUGCCACACGGAGACCAGCUACUGCCUAUCCGUGCCAAGUUGUGGGGGCUGUUUGGAACAUCCCGCUGAUGAAGAGUGGCCUUUUUUACUGUAAAAAAAAAAACUCUCCAGCAGUAAAAUCUACUGCUUUGAAAAAGUCAUCUGUGAAACAGAAACGCCUUUGAGUCCUUAGCAUGUUUUUGAUUAAUUUGUUUCUUACUCUCCCUCCCCAUUCAGAGACAGGGCUUGACUGCUCUCAUAACUCCUAGGCACAACGUCACUUCUUACUAGCCUGUUUUCGAUGCUGGUGUCUUCCAAACCCAACGAGAUGUUCACAGAUGAGGCGGUGGAGGUGGGGGAUGGGGUGGAAGGGGAGAGCAUCACCUCAGGUACCACCAGUGACCACUGGACAGGGAGUCAGGCUGAAAGUUGGUGCCUGUACACCUUGAGAGAUCCUUCCCCCAAUGGCAUCAUCCAUCUCAAAUCAGUUAUCUCUGAAAUGCAGGCUUAAGAUUGAUACAUUUAGACAGCUGCAUCCUGUAGCAUGAACGUCGUGUGAGAUACACAAUGCACAGUCCCGCAAUUCUCCAUUAAACAGGCGAUAGAAGGUAUAUAUCCUUCUCUUUAGUAAUCUAGUAAGCAAAUAGGAAGAGUGGAGCUACUACCCUUCAUGUGCCAUGCGUCUUUUAGAGUCACGGCACUUAUAGAAGGCUUAGAAACGAUGCAGACACUGGUUUGGUCAUGUACUUUUGAGUGACAUUUGCAUCUGGUCCAGAUAUAGAUAAAUGACAAGGCAGGAAAGAUAGAUAUUAUGACUAUAAUGAUUAAACUAUCAUUGAGCAAUUUUGACCUAUAGGGAAAAACAUUCAAAUAAUAAGGUAAAUCCUUUUACUCUAUUAGUAGAGUACUAUGGUAUCAUUCAUCAAAACUUUUGCCUAAAAUAGUCAUAUUUAUUUGGUACAUUAUUCCUCUUCCCCCAAUGUCAUGAUAGAAACUGAUUCGCCCCAGGGACUUCCUGUUAGAUGCAGGAAGGGGUCGGAAUAAUGCAGCUGUCUUGUCCGGUGGUUUGGCCAGGUCAGGAAGGAGGGGAGUGGUUGGAAUGUAGAGACCAGGUAGUAGGUGUGGUGUAAAGGGUGGGCGUGGUCAGACAGAGCAAUAAUGGUCGAUGUCCUGAGCAGGUUCAUUUAGGGCUUUUCGGAGUGUCUCAGGUUGCAAGAACCAAGAUCUCCAUCUACGGCGACAACCGCCCAGAUUAAACGAUUUAGUUUUCCUGCUUCUUUUGAUCUAAUAAAAAGGGAAGCAAUCUAACCUGAACCAAAGAAAGAUGAUUUGAGGUUGGAUUCAAACAAUAUACUUUGGUAGUCUAAAAAGCACGUUACGGGCUGUCACCAUACCUCAUGGUACCAUGGCCAAUGAAACUAAUCAGAAUAGUGAAUAACUGCAGUUCAUUUUAUUAUAAUUUGCGACAGACAUGCAUCCACAUCAAUGGAUAUGGCAGAAGAGAACCUAUAAUUUUUCCCAGAUGUAAAAAAUUUGGAGACAUUACAUGACAUACUGCAUGUAAACAUUUUGAAUUAAUUUAUAGCUACUAUACAUAAUUUGCGACUAAUAUUUAAAAAAAUAUUUUAUUCUGGCACAAUUGUAAGUACGAGGAGCAGACUACCAAAAUAUUUCAUAGUGUUUAUGUUCUUUUAUAUACAUAUAUAAAUAUAUACCCUACGUAAUAUGUAUAAUAAUUCAACAAAGUGCCCAGUAUUUGAAGGUUUGUGUUGCAUAAGCAAAUCCUUUUGGUAUACAUAUAUAAAAUGUCCGGACAGUUUAGCACUUUUCAGAUUGCGUUGAUUAUACUUCAGGGAGUUUUUUUCAGACACUAAAUAUGAAACUUCUAUAAAUGUUCUUCUGAGCAUAGAACUCAAACCAGAAAAUGGAUUUGAAGCAGGGAUUUGUUUUACCAGCACCUGAUUUCCUGUCUGAAAAAAAAAAAAACCUGACAAUAAUCACAGAUUCCAACCUUCCAAACUUAGGCAUUUCCCACUGGAGUUAAAUAUGUUGCGAUUUAACUCAGAACAUGGCAAUACUGCGGUAAGAUUUCGGGUCAGCGUUGUCUGAAAGAGGUGUGUCCGUUUUCUAACGUCCUCCUUUUUGUGGCAAAGUUUCUGUUCAUUCUUUAUUUCCUUGCAUUUAUUUUGUGCUCUUUUGGUUCUUUUGACCGCUUAUCUUGUGUCUCGUUAACAGAAACACACAGUCCUAAUGGAAAUUAGCUUUCCCCUGUUCUUCUUCAAUGGCAUUCAAUUCCAGGUGCAGGGAUUUGACUGACUCACCACAGUCGGAACUAUACUAUUAUCGUUAUUUGUGUGAUAUAAUAGGAGAAUGAACCCUCCAGGGAGCCACAGGGUAGGAGCACAGCCGUCACCUACUCUGACCCCGUAGGACGGCGCUCUCCUGAUGUGUCACCACGACACUUGGGACCUGUAAACAAGGCCAGAACCAGGGAGUCUGCUUGAGUGCUGCAUGAAGAAGAUGUUUCAUAUUAUCUCCUGGUUUUUCUUUGCACCUUUAAAUACGGUGGGGGUGGAUCUAUUGCAUCGUAUAUGGGGAAUUGUUUUAAAGAAAGCCAUCAUUUCUCAGAACUCACCCCGCCAGUAAUAUAUUCUUGCCUGCAGCAAGUUUAGGAUUCAACAGCCUUUGCGUGCUCCUUGACAACCCCCCCCUCCCCCCGCCCCGCCCACACCUGGGAAAAGUCACUGCAGUGCUGAGUAACUACGGGGCCAAACUCAGAAAUGAUGCCUUUCGGACUGUCCGUUAUGCUCACCAGCUAUCCCACCAUUUUUUGGUCCUGUCGUGGCAGUAAAACACUGUGCCUGUCCUGUCCUGUUUCCUCUGCUGAUAACCUUUUUACAAAGUGAAGGCAAAGAGAGUUUUGAGAAGCACAUACAUAAUAAGAGAGGAGAUGCUCCAAACCGGACUGCUCGGGCAAAGCAUCACACGAUGUGCCAUUAAAUGCAUUUCAAAUUUUGUACAUUUUUUUUUUACAUGAAAGGGAAAGAUCUGUAGGAAAGAAUCAAAUGUAUUUCUGUCAACUUUUUAUGUGUGUUUGUCGGUUCAUGCUUGCCUUUCCGAACAAAAUCCAGUUGUGGAAUUUUUUCCCUAAUUUUGUGUUAGGCUUUGGUUUAAGGUCUGUUAUCUGUUGUAAAUACCUCCGAGUGUAAUAUAUGUUUGUACAGGUGCAAACACACACACACACACACACACACUCGCACAGAUAUUCUGGACAGGAGUAGGACAAUACUAGAGGUUUUACUGCGGCAUGUGUGAAAAUAGACCACAGCAAAUUUCAGCAACCGACGGACCAAGAUACAAUCCACAGCUUCCAGCUGCAGCUGGACAUGACGACUGGCUGUCGUCAUACAAAUGAGAACAUCCCUGGACAUUGGACAGCUCUGGAAGGGAAGCUGACAGAAAGAGAGUAGUGGACCUCGGAGGAUGUUCUUUGAUUUUGGCAUUUAACAGCGACUGGGGGCUGUGGCCUUCGCUGCUGUAACCCCGCAUGUCCAGCAUUGUCACUAUGGGUAGCUGUCUGCACACGCCAGCAUGAGGACAAAGGUCCAGACUGUGAAGCAUCUGUCUUUUGAACCCCUGUGCAGUCUUCUGUUCUCAUUUCUAAGAUUAUGACCAGAUAUUUUCAAUGUUUGCUCUUUAUUUAAUGAAGUUACCAUCUAGCAUUCCCUCCUAGCAAUAGUCUUCCUAUCAAUGAUAUACUGUGUUCAUGCAUCCCAUGACAAAUGAUGAUAGUAAUAAAAAUAAUAUUAUAAUCAGUCUGCAUACAAAAUGACUUUUUUUUAAUAAAACACCUUUUAAAAUGCA